UUAAUUUGUCAUUUGAAUAAAUAGGGGCGACACACAAAUCUAUACAGUUUAUUAAAAAUUGUUCCUAAAAGUAUUUUUUGUCAAAUUUAAUGAAUUUGUGAAGUUGAGAAAAAUGUUGCAAUACAAUAAAAAGUUAAUUUUAUUCAUUUUUCUUUCUAUAUGUUCUACUAGAGCAAAAGAUAUUCUAAAGUUCAAUCAUCCCGAUUUUUUGGAUGGAGUUAAUUUAAAAGCUGUUGCUGAAGCAAUGAAGAAAUAUAAUCCAGAUGCUUAUUUAUCUGUUACUGAAUUAGUUACGAAAUAUGGUUACAAUAUUGAGACGCAUAAAGUGGUGACAGAGGAUGAGUAUAUUUUAGAAAUGCACCGAAUAACUGGAACUAAAAAUAAUUCUGAUCCUAAAGGAAAACCGGCCAUCUUCUUGAUGCACGGACUUUUUAUGAGUUCUACCGAUUGGAUUGUAUCUGGUCCAGGCCGAGCAUUGGGCUAUAUUUUAUCCGACGCGGGUUACGAUGUGUGGAUGGGAAAUGCGAGAGGAAAUACUUUCGGCAAGAAACACAUGAAAUAUCCAGUUAAUACGAAGAAAUUUUGGACUUUUAGUUGGCACGAAAUUGGAAGGUAUGAUUUACCAGCAAUGAUUGACGUGAUUUUAAAUAAAACUGGCCAUAAAAAUGUCACCUACAUAGGUCACAGUCAGGGCACGACAAGUUUUUUCGUAAUGGCAUCAACUUUGCCCGAAUACAACAAUAAAAUUAAAACAAUGCAUGCUCUUGCUCCAGUUGCCUAUUGUGGACAUAUGAUUAGUCCCAUCUUUCGAUUUCUUUCCCUAAUCGUUAAAAAAGUGCAGAAAGUAAUGGACUUCUUUGGACAUUAUGAAGUAGCAUUAUCGCCACAAUUUUAUAAAAGAUUCACAUCAAAGUUGUGCGAUACUGAUUCCGCUCUACAACCAGUUUGCAGUAACCUACUGUUCAUGUUUGCUGGUUUUAGUCAAAGUCAAAUGAACUUGACAGAAUUACCUGUUCAGUUGGGUCACACACCAGCGGGUGCAUCCAUUUUUCAACUAAUGCAUUACGCUCAACACAUAAAUAAUAAAAAUUACUUUAGACAAUUUGAUUAUGGAGUAGUUGGGAACCUAAAGAAUUAUAAACAGUUAUCACCUCCUCAAUAUGAUUUAAGUUUAAUAACAACGCCUACAAUUUUCUAUUAUACAUAUAAUGAUUGGUUGGCUCAUGUGAAGGACGUUGACAGAGUUUACAGUGAAUUAAAAAAUCCCGUGGCUAGAAUUCGAAUUCCUUUAAAGGAUUUUAAUCACUUGGACUUUAUUUGGGGAACGGAUGCCCGCAGUCUGUUAUAUGACAAAAUUUUAAGUUUUCUCUCUCGCUAUGAGAAGAAUGUAAAUUAUUAGGAAACAAAAUAAUUUAGAUGAUAAGUUUAUAUUAGUGUAAUAUUAAACAUAUAUUUUUGUACAAUUUUUAAUAAAACUUAAAAUCUUUC